GCUUCGAGAUUGAUGGCUUAGCUUGUUCUCGCAUUUCCGUUGACGUGCGUCCGGUUGAGACAGAUAUACCUAGACCAUCUUGGUUGUACUCCGAAAUUCCUAGUCGCCGACGCUUAUGUUUACUAAUUCAAACAUUGAAUCGAGUGAAAUUAUACGGCAGAUCGGAUUCAGUAACGGGAAUUUUUAGAAGUGGAUAUCUUUGGAGAUGAGUUUAAUGUCUUGAUGCUCCAGGAUUUGCAUUUUUCUCUAGAGUGUUCCAAAAUUAUUUUCUCCUAUGGUCUAGUGUAAUUUCUUGAAGAUCAGCAAUGUGAGAGAAACCAUUGGUGUUUCAAAUUGCAGGUUUCCAACAAAAAGGUGUGAUGGAGAUAUCACUUCUAAAAGUUCUUCUCAACAAUUUUUCUUCGUUCUUCCAUUUAUCAUCUCUUGACAACAUAAGUCAUGAACCAGCUCAGAAAUAUUACCAAAAGAUUGAAGAGAUGCUGAAGUUACUAAAGCCUGUGCUUGAUGCUAUUUCUGAUGCUGACAUAUUGUCUGAAGAACAGCUCCAGAAGGCAGCUGCAGAUCUGAGUCAUUCUGUAGAUGAACUGAGGGAGCUAUUUGAAAGUUGGCAUCCGUUAAGGAGUAAAAUUUAUUUUGUUCUGCAACUUGAAUCCUUAAAAUCAAAGAUUCGGGCUUCUGGUUUAGAGAUUUUUGAGCUGCUGAAAUCUUCUGAUCAACAUCUCCCUUUGGAAUUGAAUGCAUCAACUCUUGAGAUUUGUGCACAGAAAAUUAAACAGAUGGGUUUGGAACAAACAUCAGCUAUUAUCAAUAAAGCCAUCAGAGAGAAACUAGAUGGAUCUGGACCCAGCGCAGAGAGCCUGACAAGAUUUUCUGAUUGUCUGGGCUUAAGGUCAAACCAGGAACUUCUCAUUGAGGCUGUGGCCCUUGAAAAACUGAAGGAUAAUGCUGAACAAGCAGAAAAUAAUGGUGAAGUAGAGUACUUUGAUCAAAUGAUUUCUCUUGUUACCCACAUGCAUGAGCGCCUUGUUAUGAUGAAACAAUCCCAGAGCUCUAACCCUGUUCCCAUACCUCCUGAUUUCUGCUGCCCACUUUCACUUGAGCUGAUGACAGAUCCAGUUAUUGUGGCUUCUGGACAGACCUAUGAGCGAGCUUUCAUCAGAAAAUGGAUUGACCUUGGGCUGACUGUUUGCCCUAAAACACGUCAAGGUCUGGCUCACACGAAUCUUAUUCCUAAUUACACUGUAAAGGCGCUAAUUGCCAAUUGGUGUGAAAACAAUAAUGUGAAGCUGCCCGAUCCCAUUAAGUCUAUGAGCUUGAAUCAGCCUUCAUCACUUGCAGAUGGAGAGACUAUUACCCCCAAGGAUCCACGUGUCCUUCCUCAUUCUAGAAGCCACCGACCUAUAUCACCUGACUCAGGUCGAUCAACAUCACUUGGAAAGAACCUAUUUUCUUCUAGUGGAAUCCUUGGAGAGGGAACUUCUCCAUCACAUCCACGUUCAGCUUCAGAGGGUUCACUGCCAGUGGUAGCUGGAAAUAGUCAUGGGUUUGGUAUUGCAAGGUUAUCACUAAACGGUUCUGAAGACAGGUCAGCUAACUCGGAAGAGCAAAGUAUGGAGUCAAGCAGCCGACCCCCAACAUCACCAUCAAAAGAACAUUCUACUGCUAGUGGGGCCUCUGCAGCUGAUGAGCAAUCGUCUUCAGGCCAUAAGCUAACAGCCUCAUCUUCCAAUGUGCUUGGUAAUGUGAAUGUUUCACAAGGGUUAUCAGCUGAUGGCAACGAGGACUCCUCACGAGCAACAGCCUAUGGUAGUGAUGCUUCUGGGGAGCUCACAUCAGAGCCACAAGCUGCUAGUACCUUAAACAUUCCACAGAGAGAACCUGAGUUCCUUCCCAGAUUGGAGACAAGAUAUCGAAGCCAGACCAUGUGGCGCAGACCUUCUGAUAGGUUUGUUCCAAGGAUGGUAUCUUCACAUGCCAUUGAAACAAGGGCUGAUCUUUCUGGAGUUGAAACUCAAGCGAGGCAACUUGUCGAGGACUUGAAGAGUAAUUCACUUGAAGCACAAAAAAGAGCCACAUCUGAACUUAGAUUUCUUGCCAGGAAUAACAUGGAAAAUCGAAUUGUAAUUGCAAACUGUGGGGCCAUCAGUUUGUUGGUUAAUCUACUCAGUUCAGCUGACUCUAACAUUCAGGAAAAUGCUGUUACUGCACUCCUUAAUUUAUCAAUUAAUGAUAACAACAAAAGUGCCAUUGCCAAUGCUGAGGCAAUUGAACCUCUGAUUCAUGUUCUCAAGACUGGAAGCCCUGAGGCUAAGGAGAAUUCAGCUGCUACUCUUUUUAGUCUCUCAGUUAUUGAGGAUAACAAGGUUAAGAUUGGAAGGUCUGGGGCAAUAAAACCUCUGGUUGAUUUGUUAGGAAGUGGGACUCCCAGGGGAAAGAAAGAUGCUGCUACAGCUUUGUUUAAUUUGUCAAUAUUUCAUGAAAACAAAGCCCGGAUUGUGCAGGCUGGUGCUGUGAAAUACCUGGUAGAGUUGAUGGAUCCUGCUGCGGGGAUGGUUGAUAAAGCUGUUGCUGUUUUGGCAAACCUUGCUACUAUUCACGAGGGGAGGACUGCUAUUGGUCAGGAGAGAGGGAUCCCUGUUCUGGUUGAGGUUGUUGAGUUGGGUUCUGCAAGGGGAAAGGAGAACGCAGCUGCUGCUCUUCUACAGCUUUGCACAAACAGCAAUAGAUUCUGUAGCAUGGUGCUUCAGGAAGGAGCUGUUCCCCCAUUAGUUGCAUUAUCCCAGUCAGGCACCCCAAGAGCCAAAGAAAAGGCUCAGGCACUUCUUAGCCACUUCAGGAACCAAAGACAUGGUAAUGCUGGGAGGGGCUGACCAAAAAAUGAACUUUAAAUGGAUCCAAUGUUAAUACUGCUAUUUGAUAAUGCAGGUGAGAUGGCUGCCAAAGACAGACCUAGGCCUCAAAUGUUUCACAUGUGAGAGGUCUCCUGAAGCAGGACAUGAUGACCUGACCACUGCUUGCCGCUUGGCUUAUAAUUUCAUGCACUUCUUGUUUGUCACAGUCGUACUGCUAGUGCUGGCUUCUUGGUCUAUUGUUUUGGGCUCUGCUUGCUGACCUGCAAUUUUGUAGAUUGGCGUGGUUAUCUAUGAAUUAGUAUUUUUGGUCCCAAGGACAUGCCAACUACCAGGACAUAAAUCAAAUUACCUUCUCACCUCUUGUUUUAUCUAUUUCCUUUCUGCCCCGUGUCUUUCUCAGCUUCUCUCUUUAUGUAGGCGAUAGGCGAUAUUUAUGAUUAGGGUUUUUCUUUCAGGGUCCUUUGUAAUAUACAAGAUAAGUGUAAUUAGUUUUAACAUUAAAAAAUAAUUUAUUUUUUAAAAAAUAAA